AGAUGCAGAUCACUGACAGCUAACACAGCUGAUGCUGUAAAUUGACUAACCGUUGUUGCUUCUGUGUUAAGUGUGGCAAUUGCAAAUGUUCAAAAUAUCUUUAUAAUCGGACCAUUUUCUCAAUUGAAGAAGCAAAUUUAUAAGUUUACCAAAACAAAUAAAUAUUUAAUCAAAGAAAACGGCCAAAGGACGCUCACCUGAAUUAUUUUGCCACAUUGCAAUUCUGUCAACAUAUGCUUGAAAAUGAGUUCUACUGUUGAGUUGGAAGGAAAAAUUAAGCAAUUAGAGACUGAACUUUCGGCCGCAUUGGAAAAAAAUGUCGGAAAAAGAGAAAAAAUCGAGAAAAUGUCAUCGGAAGUGGUGGACACUAAUCCAUAUAGCCGAUUAAUGGCAUUAAAACGAAUGGGUAUAGUGAAUAACUACGAAAAAAUUAGAGAUUUCACAAUAGCAGUCAUUGGUGUAGGAGGUGUCGGUAGUGUUACCGCAGAAAUGUUAACGAGAUGUGGAAUUGGAAGACUAAUUCUAUUUGAUUAUGACAAAGUGGAAUUAGCAAACAUGAACAGACUGUUUUUCCAACCUCAUCAAUCAGGCUUGAGUAAGGUUGAAGCUGCGGCAGAGACUUUAAGGAAUAUAAAUCCUGAUGUAGACAUUCUGACAUUUAACUACAAUAUAACUACAGUAGAAAAUUUUGACAAUUUUACAAAAAUCCUGACUACUAGCAACCUACAAAAUGGGCCUGUUGAUUUAGUGCUGAGUUGUGUAGAUAACUUUGAGGCACGAUUUGCUAUUAAUACUGCAUGCAAUGAGUUUAAUUUGACAUGGUUUGAAUCUGGUGUAUCAGAAAAUGCUGUUUCUGGUCAUAUUCAAUUUAUCAGUCCUGGGGAAACAGCAUGUUUUGCUUGUGCACCACCAUUAAUUGUAGCUUCGAAUAUUGAUGAAAAAACUCUAAAACGUGAUGGUGUUUGUGCUGCUAGUCUGCCUACCACAAUGGGCAUCAUAGCUGGGUUUUUGGUUCAAAAUUCCUUAAAGUACUUGCUUCAAUUUGGUCAAGUAACAAAUUACUUAGGGUACAGUGCUUUGACAGAUUUUUUCCCAAUCAUGAACCUUAGGCCCAAUCCAAAUUGUGAAGACCGAAACUGCCGUUUACAUCAAAAAGAGGUAGCAAUGAGACCAAAAAAACCUGAAGUGGCUAUAGAAGCAACAGAAGAUGAAGGACCAAUACAUGAGAGUAAUGAAUGGGGUAUAAGCUUAAUAGAUGAAAGCACAGAUAUUAAAGAAGCUGUGAAAGUUGCUGAAGGUCUGUCACUUGCUUAUACAGUACCUGGCCAACUCCUCGAGGAUAGUAUAGAAGAAGGGGAAGAAGCGGCAUCCAAAAAUAAUAUAAGUCUGGAAGAUCUUAUGGAGCAAAUGAAAUCCAUUUAAAAAUAUAAAUUGUCUUAACUAGACUACAUCAGUUGAAGGCAUACAUGUUGAUGGUAAAACUUUUGCCCUUUAUGAUAAAGCUUAUGUAGUAUUAAGUUAA